AUGGUGUUCAUUGGAAUCCCGAAGAAUUACACGACCUCGCCCUCCUCGUUUAUGGGCACCCCGUCCCUGACUAUCAAUCACGAGGCUACCCAGGAUCUUGACUCCUCCAAUGCCUUUGAAGGCCCCGAGAAGCUUCUGGAGGUGUGGUUCGCCCCCUCCGCUCGCUCCGUCAGCGGGACGGGCCUGAAGGCCGUCCCCGAGGAGAUCUGGAAGGACAUGCUGGACCUGGUCAACUGCCAGGUGCUGUCCAUCGUCUCGUCCGAGGAUGUCGACGCCUACCUGCUGUCCGAGUCUAGCAUGUUCGUCUGGCCGCACAAGCUCAUCCUCAAGACCUGCGGCACCACCACCCUGCUCUCCGGCCUGCCGCGCAUCUUGGAGAUCGCGGCCCUGUUCGGUGGCUUCCCCAAGUCCACGGCGCCCGCCUCGCGCGGCAUCUCCAUCGCUGCCGCCCCGUACCGCGUCUUCUACAGCCGCAAGAACUUCCUGUUCCCGGACCGCCAGCGCGGCCCCCACCGCAGCUGGCGCGACGAGGUGCGCAACAUGGACAAGCUCUUCCUCAACGGUAGCGCCUACAUGAUCGGCAAGAUGAACGGCGAGCACUGGUACCUGUACCUGACCGAGCCGCACACCCUGCUCACCCCGCCCUCGAGCCCGCCCGCUGACUCGGACGCCGAGGACGAGGGCACGGCGACCAGGAUCCUCCACCUGCCCGCGGCUCCCGCGAAGCCCACGGGCGGCGACGCUUCCGACGAGACCCUUGAGGUGCUCAUGACCGAUUUGGAAGAGAACAACGCGCGCCAGUUCUACCUGGACCACGCGACGGCCGCCGCGGAGAAGCAGUACCGCAACUUUGACUUCGACCGCGACACGGGCGACCACCUCGACGUGUUCAGCAACACCACGGACCUGGGCGAUGACCUGGACGGUCCCGACAACAACCGCGUGCUGCCCGCAGAGCUGACGACCGAGGGCCACGCGUUGGGCACGGUGGUGUCGGAGACGUGCGGCCUGUCGGACGUCUACUCGCGCGAGAAGUUCCCCGAGUCGCGCAUCGACGCCUACCUGUUCACCCCCUGCGGCUUCUCCGCCAACGGGGUGGUGCCGGCGCCGGACGGGGCGUCCGGGACGCACUACUUCACGGUGCACGUGACGCCGGAGCCGCAGUGCUCGUACGCGUCGUUCGAGACCAACGUGCCGCACUCGCAGACCGGCCAGACCACGGCGGGCAUCAUCCAGCAGGUCGUCAACAUCUUCAAGCCGGGCCGCUUCACGGUGACACUGUUCGAGGCGCAGCCCGAGGUGGCGGCCGCCGCGGACGGCGAUUGGGACAGCAUCAAGGAGGUUAAGUACAUCGAGCGGCAGGCGGCGCGCCGCGCGUCGCGCACCGAGCACGUCGAGGGCUACCGCCGGGUCGAUCGCAUUGUGCACGACCUGGACGGAUACGAUCUGGUCUUCCGCUACUACGAGCGGCUGGACUGGAAAGGGGGGCCCCGCGGCUCGGCGAGGACCGUUUCUGAUGAUCGACAACCUGCUGCUCUGUUCUAUUGA